CCACCUUCGUGUGUGCACUUCACGUCCAGACACCCAGAGACUUACACUGUACAACCCGACAUUUCUACAACAAUGGCACCCUACACUAUCACAUACUUUGCAGUAAGAGGGCGAUGCAAUGCAGCCCGGAUCAUGCUUUCUGACCAGGGUCAGGAGUGGAAGGAGGUUGUGGUGACCUUUGAUGAGUGGAUGAAGGGUGAUCUGAAGAAAACCUGUGUGUUUGGACAGCUGCCCAAAUUUGAAGAUGGUAACUUGGCUCUCUUUCAGUCAAAUGCCAUUUUAAGGCAUUUGGGACGCCAACAUGGUGCAUAUGGGAAAAACAACAAAGAAGCUGCUCUCAUCGACAUGCUGGCUGACGGAGUUGAAGAUCUUCGCCUUAAAUACAUUAAGUUGAUCUACCAGGAAUAUGAAACUGGCAAGGAUGCAUACAUCAAAGACCUGCCCAACCAUCUCUGCAAGUUUGAGUGUGUUCUGGAGAAGAACAAGACUGGCUUCCUCGUUGGAGACUCGAUCUCCUUGGCAGAUUACAGUCUGUUUGAUGUGCUGCUGAACCAGAAGGUUCUGAGCCCCACCUGUCUGGACUCCCACCCCACCCUGAAAAGUUUCAUGGAGAAGAUGUCGGCCCGUCCCAAAAUCAAGGCUUAUCUGGACUCUGAUGCCUACAAGAAACUGCCCAUCAACGGCAACGGCAAGCAGUAAAACAGCAGCAGAUUAAUGAAUGUAGAUGAAACCAGCUUCAAAGCAGCAAAUCAUAAACCUACCAUUUAUUGCAUUACCCACUAAGCUGACAUGUAGUUCUUUAGGCUUUUGCAAAACACAACACUUUCUAUAUUUGGGUACUUAAGAUGUAAUAAUGUUUCAUAUUCUUGUACUAACUAAAAUAUAUAGGUCAUUCCUUAAAAAUAAAAUAAAAAAUAAACUAA